AUGCCUAAGAGGGAUCACAUGUGUGCAAUUUACAUGACAAGCUCACUAACCAAUGAUACCGGUCCCAAGAUGCCAUGUAUAUCCAUCAUCGCUAAUCCAGUGAGUCGACGAAGUAUGGGCUGUGUUAUUUCCUGUGGCUUGAAGCUCGUCCUUCAAAUCUUCAAUACCGUCCUUUGCGUGGCAUUCUUGGCCGUUGCAGUGUUUGGUAUUAUUUUGAAAUCUUCAAAAAGCUUUGUUCAAAAGAUUUUGGAAAAGAUUUUCCAGCAUGAUUCAAGUUCAAACAAUGAGGAUCUCGAGCGGUUUGCAAACUUCAUCAUUGAAAACGCAGGUGGCAUCGCCAUAGUUCUCAUUGUGGUUGGAUUGGCGCUAGCAGCACUCUGUCUAAUCGGAUGCAUUGCUUCGUGCUGUGGAUGCGGUAUACUACUGAAGAUUUACGCCGUCAUUCUGAUUAUUCUACUCGUUGUACAAAUAAUCGCUGUGGCAGUAAUCUUCUCCGAUCCCAACAGAACUAGUGGUUGGCUUGUCAGUUCAUUGGAAACGCUUCUCGAGUCAUACGGCGAGCAAGACGCCAAAGGCAGCAUGUCAAAAGCUGUCUGGAAUUUGUUAAUGGGGCUGGAAGAGCCGUUCUGCUGCGGCAUGAAUGGAUACAAGGAUUUCCCUAAUUUAGCCACCAAUUUGCCACCACAGUGUUGCGGUACGGCUUCUGGGAAUUGUGAUUCUAAAGCAGCAGCAACUGCUAAGGUGAAGGGAUGCGAAAAAAAAAUUGUCCAAUUUACCACAGAUAAUAUGAAGAUUUUAAUGUAUGUUUCCAUUGGCGCGAUUCUGUUUCAGGCCGCUCUCAUCGUAAUUGUGAUGCUGGUGAUUUGCUUGUGA